UUUUGUCUAAGGGAAGCGCUAUCGUGGUAAGCGACGUGACGUUGUGCUAUUUUUUUACACAUCCCUCCUGCCGACAGAGCUCCAAGAUGGGUGGCAAGCUCAGCAAGAAGAAGAAGGGCUACAAUGUGAACGACGAGAAGGCCAAGGACAAAGACAAGAAGGCUGAGGGCGCGGGCACAGAGGAAGAGGGGACCCCGAAGGAGAACGAAGCCCAGGCGGCCGCCGACACCACCGAGACCAAGGAGAGCAAGGACGAGAAGCCGGAGAAGGAGGCCGCAGACGCCGAGACCAAGACCGAAGACAAGGAAGGCGAGAAAGACGCCGCCGCGGCCAAGGAGGAGGCCCCCAAGGCGGAGCCCGAGAAGACCGAGGCAGCGGCCGAGGCCAAGCCCGAGGCUCCCAAGGCCCCCGAGCAGGAGCAAGCGGCCGCGCCCGGCCCCGCUGCGGGCGGCGAGGCCCCCAGAGCGCCCGAGGCCGCCCAGGGGAAGUCUACUUCUUUCUCCAAGGAGACCCUGGCGGCCAUGGAAGCCCCUAGUUCUACACCGAAGGCCCAGGCCCCUGCAGCCCCUGCAGAGGAGCUCAAACCCACCGAGGCCCCGGCAGCUAAUUCCGAUCAAACCGUCGCAGUGAAAGAGUAACGAGGACAGCCUAUGGAAACAUAAUACCACUUACAAAGCAACCUUCUCUCCUUCCUCUCUCUCUUUCUCCUCUCUCUCUCUCUCUGUCCUAUACUAACUUGUUUCAAAUUGGAAGUAACGAUAUGUAUUGCCCAAGGAAAAUAAAAAGGAUGUUGUCCCAUCAAGGGAGGGAGGGGGUGGGGAGAAUCCAAAUAGUAUUUUUGUGGGGAAAUAUCUAAUAUACCUUCAGUCAACUUUACCAGUAAGUCCUGGAUUUUAAGGAGCAGUGUCUGAAAGUCCAGCACCUCGUUUGUACCUGGAUCGCUGUCACACGCGCCCCGCCACUAAGAUCCGAAUGAAUCCCUUUUCUUCUGCUGUGGGGGUUGGGAGCGAUGCGUUUGAUUCUGCCCACAGGGCCUGUGCCAAGGCAAUCAGAUCUUUAUGAAAGCAGUAUUUUCUGUGUUUUCUUUUUCAUUUACAGCCUUUCUUAUUUUGAUAUUUUUUUAAUGUCGUGGAUGAAUGCCAACUUUCAGACAGAGCCCACUAAGCUUGUCCACACGUACCUUGAUGCCAAGCCUCCAUUCUUCCUCUCCAGAGAUUUCUGGGAGUGACAAACAUUCUCUCAUCCUACUUAGCCUACCUAGAUUUCUCAUGACGAGUUAAUGCAUGUCCGUGGUUGGGUGCACCUGUAGUUCUGUUUAUUGGUCAGUGGAAAUGAAAAAAAAAAAAAAAAAGUCUGCGUUCAUUGCAGUUCCAGUUUCUCUUCCAUUCUGUGUCAGAGACACCAACACACCACUCAUUGGAAAAUGGAAAAAAAAAAUAAAUAAAAAACAAAAAAAAUGUACAAUGGAUGCAUUGAAAUUAUAUGUAAUUGUAUAAAUGGUGCAACAGUAAUAAAGUUAAACAAUUAAAAUGAA